UUCCAUUACAAUAAAAAAUGUCAGUGGCUUCGGAAUGUAAUACAAACAUCAUGGUUGCUUGCACAGUGUCAUAGUGAUGAUUUCUAAAAUUGCUGUCGAAUUAUAAAAUUUGUACAUAUUUAUUAAUAUAAUGAGUAGUACGUAUCAUGAUUCCAGACGAUCUAAGUAUCAAAGAAAUGACAGGGCAUCAAGUAGUACGCAUUUACAUCACAGAAAUAAUUACACUUCUCAAGAAGAUGAAUUUAUGGAUGCCCGACGACGAGAUAGAGAACAAAUUGGUCUUACUGGUGUAGAAAGAGUUUGGGGAAAAUCUCCCACUCGGGUUGAAGACUCUGACGAUGAAGAAGAAUCUUUUAACAGACAUAAGGAUGAAUCCACCUUGAAAGACAAAAAGAGAAAGAAAAAGGAUAAGAAAAAAAAAAGUAAGAAGUCAAAGAAAGAAAAGAAAUCCAAAAAAAGUAAAAAGAAGAAGAGAAAGAGAAAGUCUUCUUCCAGUAGCUCAGAUGAUGCCAGCGAUUCCGACACACCUCAAUGGGUUGAAAAAAAGGCAGUUGACAGUAGUAAAAAGAGGCGCCAUGGAUCCAGCUCCGAUGAGAGUGGUGAAGAUGGACUAGUUGGUCCGGUUCAGAAGCAGCAUGUAACCCUUUCUGCAAAAGACUUUGGAAAAGCUUUACUACCUGGUGAGGGAGCUGCAAUGGCUGCAUAUGUUGCAGAAGGCAAACGUAUUCCCAGGAGAGGAGAAAUUGGUCUUACAUCAGAUGAAAUUGCAUCCUAUGAAUCUGUUGGCUACGUAAUGAGUGGUAGCCGACAUCGGCGAAUGGAGGCUGUACGUAUUCGUAAGGAGAACCAGAUAUAUUCGGCUGAUGAAAAGCGGGCAUUGGCGAUGUUUAGCAAAGAAGAAAGACAGAAACGAGAAAAUCUUAUCCUAGGACAAUUCAGAGAAAUGGUUAAUCAGAAGCUUGCUCAGGAGCAGAGCAACGAUUAAACAGAAUAAAACGAAGUGCAUACAAAUGACAACAAUGAAAUAAAUUAAGCUCAUUAGUACUCACUCUAGCUCAAGCAUUUCUAUUUAGUGAAAUAUCUUCGGACAGGCACAAAGUGAAAGUUGUUCAUUACCGAUGAUCUUUGCUUUUAUUUUCACCAAUUGAUGUAACGUUUCUGAGAAUUAUGCUACUGUAUAUAAUGUCUGAGUAAAGUUGUAUUAAUUUGUACACAGUA